UUUCAUGGACAUCAGCUAUUAGCAUUGUCAGCCAUUAUUUCUCUAACAGAAGGGCUUUGGCCAAUGCUAUUGCCAGUGCUGGGGAAUGUGCCUUUGCAUUCACCUUUGGCCCUUUUUUUCAGUGGUUAAUUGGUUUAUAUGGGUGGAAGAGUGCUCUGUUGAUCAUCGGUGGCAUUCAACUUAAUAUAUGCGUCUGUGGAGCACUGAUGCGACCCCUGAAGGACCGUUGUGUUCUUGAAGCUAGGAGUUCUGAAGCUCAGAGACCAUCCGGCAAGGUUGUGCCUGUGACUGGCAAGGAACAUGCAUCUCCCAUCACACAAAAAACAUUCAACUGGAUGCUUGUGAAGAGACUGGAGUUUAUUCUUUAUGCCAUUUUUGGUAUUUUAGCUGCUAUGAGUUUUUUCAUUCCCCCAUUAUUUUUGGUUCCACUUAGCUACAGCCUAAGGAUAGAUGAGUCUUGGACUGCAUCGCUCCUGUCCAUUUUGGCUAUAGCAGAUUUCAUGGGCAGGUUGUUGUGUGGCUGGUAUGCUAACCUCCACCUUACUAGGACUAUACACUUGCUGACAAUGACAGUUGUUCUGAUCAGCACAUCUUUGAUGCUAUUGCCGCUGGCUAACAAUUAUCUGUCUCUGGCAAUAUUCACUGGCUUCUAUGGUUUUUUCUUUGGCACGACAGUCUCCAUCCACAUCACAGUGCUGGCAGAUGUCGUGGGCAUGUCAGAUUUUGACAGUGCCCUGGGGCUCUUUAUGCUCAUUCGAAGCACUGGAGGUUUUCUGGGGCCUCCUCUUGCUGGUCUGAUUGUGGACAUGGCAGAAAAUUACAGUGCAGGCUUCUACAUAGCAGGAGCCACUCUCGUCAUAUCUACCGUAUUUUUGGUUGUUAUAGAUCAACUCCAGCAGAAGAAAGAGCAAGAGACCCAGACAGACACUAAACCAAAGAAGCAAAUCCUUCUCUUCCCUUCCCUCCAUUUCCUGAAAUUUAAGACUGGAAAGUGUCAAGAACAAAAUAUGGGAGUGUGACCAUCGCAAUUUAUCUCUGAGAAAAUUUGGGGGCUUAUUUAAAUGUUUUAGUUUAAUACUUUUCAGAUUUCCCCUCCCCCAAGGCUAUCGAAGUGGUGUUACAAAUUUCUUGCUGAUAUUUUGUGUAGGACUAUGCAAAAUUCAGAAAAAAAGUGUUAACAACUGGCAUGCAAAAAAUUUUU